AUGGUAAUGUGGUUAGAUGGUUCUGCGAUUGUCUCAGUAAAUCAACGAAAAAAGGUUGAACCCGAGACAACUGGUCCGAAUCGCGUGUUAACGAGCAUCAAUCCUAAGGGUAUCGACUACUUCUGGGAGGUCCUUUUUCAGGACCUCCCAGAAGUAGUCGAUACCCAGCAAGAUAUCUGGCGUAACGUGGCGACUGAUGGUAAGGCUGUCUGGGUUAAUGCGGAAUGUGCGGAGUGCGUGUUUGUCUUCUUUACUGAGACGAUAUGGUUUGAACUGGGAAGUUAG